UUCCUCUUCUCGUCCGAGUCGGUCAACGAGGGCCACCCCGACAAGGUCGCGGACCAGGUCUCGGACGCCGUGCUCGACGCGUGCCUCACGGCGGACCCCUACUCCAAGGUCGCGUGCGAGACGGCGACGAAGGACAACAUGGUCAUGGUCUUCGGCGAGAUCACGACGAAGGCGAAUCUCGACUACGACGCCAUCGUGCGCAACGAGGUCAAGAAGAUCGGCUUCGACUCCUUCGUCGACGACCUCGGCUCCGUCGACUCCAAGGGCCUGUCGUGCGACUCGUGCGAGGUGCUCGUCCGCAUCAAUAAGCAGUCGCCCGACAUCGCCGGCGGCGUCCACGUGGGCAAGAGCGACCUCGACGUCGGCGCCGGCGACCAGGGCAUCAUGUUCGGCUACGCGUCCGACGAGACGGAGAACUGCAUGCCCCUCACGCACCUCAUGGCGACGCGCCUCGGCAAGGUGCUCACGGAGGUCCGCAAGGACGGGUCGCUCUGGUGGCUCCGCCCCGACGGCAAGACCCAGGUGACCAUCGAGUAC